AGCAUGGCGGCCGCCCCGGCUGGGGACUCGGCUACAGGCGGCGGCCCAGCGGCCGUGCGGCUGCCGCGGUCACCGCCGCUCAAAGUCCUGGCGGAGCAGCUGCGGCGCGACGCGGAGGGCGGCCCGGGUGCGUGGCGGCUGUCGCGGGUCGCGACCGGCCGCGGGCCCCUGGAGCUGGUGACCGUGUGGAUGCAGGGCACGGUGGUGGCGGCGGGCGGCGGCGAGGCGCGGCUGCGGGACCCGAGCGGGGCCUUCUCAGUGCGCGGCCUGGACCGGGUGCCGCGCGGGCGGCCCUGCCUCGUCCCAGGGAAGUAUGUGAUGGUAAUGGGAGUGGUGCAGGCGUGCAGCCCUGAGCCGUGCCUUCAGGCUGUGAAGAUGACAGAUCUCUCCGAUAACCCCAUCCACGAAAGCAUGUGGGAGCUAGAAGUGGAGGAUUUACACAGGCAUCUUCCCUAGAUGACACUGGAACCCUUGCUAAUAACAACAGGAAUUCUGAAACAAUUUAGGUUCUUACACCAUGUAGAUUUCACAGGUAGCAUUCCGCGUACAUUUCUCAUAAGUUUCUCCAAGAUGCGGUACAUUUCUCAUAAGUUUCUCUACGAGUUUUGCUUUGGUUGACCAAGGAGUCCGGAGGUGGGAUUUCUAUGCACUAGGAUGUUCCUCUUAACUUAGCCCUCAAUGCCCCUUGCUUUGACGACUAUAGAUGAAAAGCAGAUGUGUGCUCCGUUUUGUUUUUUUUUUUCCCUUUUGGUUUAUGUGUGUUAAUGCUCUUUAAAGCACGCAGAAAUCUCAUGUUGCAUUUUCCAAGUCUUAUAAAUGAUGGUACUUUUUCCGUUGCCGCUGGGACCCUGUUUUUACGAUGUCGAAGUUGAAUCUCGCUCAUUGCCUGCGGUGAUUAAACUGUGGUUGUGGGCUCGGAAACAGACUGCGUGAAAUGGGAAUGACAUCAUGCCCCGCCUCUUCUUCCAUCAACAACUUCCAUGUCCAGCUUGCAGGUCAAACAGCGUUUUCCUCUCAAAGUUAGCUCGCUCUCUGUACCGCCUGGGCCUCCAAGCCAGUAAGGUACAUUUCCUGGUGAUCCCGAGGGUUAACACCCACCGUUCUUCCUCUCUUGGAGCCGUUGAAACACACAGAAGAUGUCUUGUUGAGACUAAAAUCAAGAUUGAGAAUGACUUUUAGGCAUUAACGAGACUUCUGCCUCAUAGCUUCUGGUGAGACGCCACAAGGCAACAAUGUCCUGGUGCAAAGGUUUUGGGGCUUUUUUUUCCCCUUCCAGUGUUACUGAAAUACAGUCGACAUAUGGCACUGUGUAAGGGGUACUGCCUAAGGAUUUUAGAGUUCUAGCAUUUUCUGGACGGAAUGACUUUUUGUUGCAAUUAUGUUCAACAUGGGUUUCUGCUCUCUUACUGGUGCCUGUUUUUUCCCCAAGAUUGUAAAUAUCAAGGAAUUAUAUUCCUACCCUGCUGUACAGUUUUGUUGGGUUAUUGAUCUUCUACCACUAAUAAAUUAUUUUACAUGCUGUA